AUGGAACAGAUUCGUUUGACAUCUAAAUCCCAUCGUGAGACAUUGCAGUUGGGCCUCAAAUGGAAAGCGGGAGACACCUACAUAGCAAAUGAGUCGCAACGAUGUCUCCGACCUCUGACUCAUAAUACGUGUAAUUUACGCGGGGCUAUAGACCGCGACAAAUUGCGUCGCUCUACCCUGUCCACAAUAUGGAAAAACAAAGAAAUAAUUCUCCAAGCUGCGGGCGAGGGGAAAUCUUCCAAAAAAUUAAAGAACCCUAAAUACGAAGAUUUGGAUCACGCUAUACUAUGGUUUCACCGACAGCGCCAGAAUAAUAGACCUAUCUCGGGGCCGCUCGUAAAGCUAAAAGCUAAGGCAGCUAAUUUUGCUGAAGAACUUGGUUUUACUUCUUUUAAAGCAUCAGAAGGAUGGCUCGGAAAAUUCAAGCAACGUCAUCAUAUCAACUAUGGUAAAAUAAGUGGGAAAGCACGAAGUGAUACGAAUGUGACUUAUGAUUGGAUUAAUAGAGAGACUGCGGAAGUGUGUGUAGGCACAUCGGUGGGGACGAUCACCGAACCAGACUGCCUGGGCCCAUGCGAGCCUGGUACAUCGGUCACGCUGGAGGGCAUCGUGUGGCACGAAACGGAAGGUGGAGUGCUUGUGGUGAAUGUCACAUGGCGAGGAAAGACUUACGUGGGCACACUGCUCGACUGCACGAGACAUGACUGGGCACCGCCGAGAUUCUGCGACUCACCGACUGAGGAGUUAGACGCGCGGACACCAAAAGGUCGCGCAAAACGUGGCCGCGGUGCAAACCCCACAGAUAUGACAAACUUCACAGAAACCCGUUCGUCGGUUCACAGCAAACUGCGAAAUGGUGGGGCAAAGGGACGGCGGGCCCUCCCAUCUCCCACGCCCUUCACUCCCCCACGACCAGACUCUAAGAGAAAACGCAACUCAGAGGCAGAGGAAAGACCCCCCACUCCCAAGGCGAAAAGACCCCCACCAACCCCCUCAUCACCCCCACCGGACCCAGUUCUCCUUGAAUGUCCUGAACCGAAUUGCUCCAAAAAGUACAAACACGCGAACGGCCUUAAAUACCACCGGUCACACGCGCACGGGACUCCUGAUGACGAAGACAAAGAUGGUUCAAGUUCUGAACAGGAAGAACCCACACCAGAACCUGGUUCCCCGGCCCGGCCGCCUUCGGAUCCGGCGACCCCGGCCACGCCUGUCAAAUCCCCUACCCCGACCAAGUCUCCAGAGGAGAAAAGUGAUAAGAGUGAGGAGAAAUCUCCGGAAAAGGCGGAACCUGUAGAAUCACCGCCUCAACCUCGGUUCGAGGAGUUCGCGGCGACACCAGAGCCCACCCCUCCGGUGGAACCGCCUCAGACACCGCCCGCCCCGGCCACUCCGCCACCUGAGACUUUACCCUUGCAGCCUACCCAGUUCAAGGUAAAACCACGAUCAGCCCUGAUGCCUUCAGAUGAACGAAAAUCCACCGAGUCUCCUCCAGAUGAGUCCCCAGGAAAGCGGCGGGCUCGCCGGUCCCCGACACCUGGGGUCCGAUCCCCGGCCUAUUCAGACAUAUCAGAUGACAACGCCCCUACAGAGGGAGCGCCUGAAAAUGAACCUCAGCAUCGACCCUUCCCAGUGUUCCAUCAGUACUAUGGUCAGCCGCCGUAUCUGCCCCCUACGCACCCAGCGAACCAGCCGCCGCCUCCCAACUCGGAUAAAGGCAAGGAAGACCUUAGUAAGGGAGACCCUAAAGUUGAUCACAAGGACGGAAAACCAGAAAGCGGUCAGCAAAAAGUACUUCCGCAGCACUUCUAUCCUUACAACUACGUCCCGAAUUUUCCAUACAACGUAGAAACGGGCCCGCCGCCAGGACCCCCUCUAGAUGACAAGGGAAAAGACAUGGACAGGUCCAAGACCACACCUAGCCCUCUGGACAAAAGCAAGCCUCGACCGGAUGGGAAAGAGCCUCCCAGGCCCAAUGAUACGCAUCAGAUACUGAAAGAGAGCAUUGAGAUGAAAAACCAAAUGGGUCCCUAUGCCUUCCAGAGGCCACCUCACGCGAGAGAAGAGGAAUUGAGAAGAUACUAUAUGAGCUUGGAACAGCGCCGUAAAGAGGGGGGUGACUCUAAAUCGGGACCAGGGUCUGUAGGACCAGGUGGGGGGUCAGGACCUGGAGGGCGGCCUCCGCAGCCUGCACACAAGAUGAAGGACAAAGAUGACAAGCCUAAGGAGGAGGUCAAGGUGAAACAGGAAGGGCAGAAGCCGACGACAGAGACGCAGGGGCCGCCCCCACCGCCCACGUCCCAAUACUACCUCCCGCCCUAUAUGCAAGCCCCGCAUUACGGCGCUCUACCCUUCGACCCCGUCUAUCGGGCCCCUUUGAGUCCCAUGCUGGUCCCUGGUUUCGGGGGCGGUUGGACGGUCCCGCGGUACCACGCCCCGGAAGACCUGGCAAACCUCCUCGUCCGGAGCCCCCCAAGGAGUCCCCGCGCUCCCCCCCCACCGCAGAGACACGUCCAUACCCAUCACCACACCCACGUGGGGCUCGGAUACCCGCUCUACCCUCCGCCUUAUCCAGCAGCGGCCGUGCUAGCGAGCACGCAGGCGGUCGUCAACUCCUUCCCGACUCCCCCUAAAUGA